AUGGCUGAACCAACACUUGAUGAAUUAAAACAACAACGAGCUUCUACUAAAGGAAGUAUAUCUCGGAUAAAGAAUAUCGUGGAAUCCAAUUCUAACGCCCUAACUUCAACUGAACUUGAAUGUCGUCUAGGAAUUUUGGAGUCGUAUUUUAAACAAAUAUUAGCAUAUCAAACCAAAAUAGAAGUUUUAUUACCAACAGAUACUAGUAGAGGUGAAAUAGAAGAUUUGUACAUCACCGCAAAAACUAAAAUUCUUUCGCUUUUGGGUACUGGUAGACGAAGUAGUAUCGCAGACAUGACAGUUUCUACUGUCCCACAUACAAUUAGUCAUCUUCCAAAACAACGUUUACCAAAGUUUAGUGGAAGAUAUUCAGACUAUAAAAAUUUUAUAAAUUCGUACAACAAUUUGGUAGAAAAUGAUUUAAGUUUGACAAAAAUAGAAAAAUUUAAUUACUUGCUUUCUUGUUUGAGUGAUCAAGCUCUUGGCACAGUUAAGGCUUUUCAAGUCACGGAAGCCAAUUAUCCCAAGGCACUUCUUAGUUUGAAAGAGCGCUAUGAUAAUGAUUGCCUCAUUUUCUUAGAAUAUAUCUCACAGCUGAUCGAAUUACCUAAGGUUCAAAAAGCUUCUUCUGUUUCUCUACGGAGCUUGGUAGACAAUAUUUCGGCGUUGAUUACUUUCUAUAGGAUCGCAUGA